CGCCGCGACGUAAACAGAGCAGCAGAGACGAGCGGAGCAACGGUCGGAGCAGCGGUUCUGUCCCCGGUCUGUUGUGGGUCCAACCCGUCCGGUACCACAUAAGAUCAUUUCUUUCCAACUUCAGCUACAGUGUUAGCUAAGUUCGGAAGGGAGAAACGGGGAGAAACGUCGCGUUUUCUUUAGUUGUUUUUAUUUUUCCUCUCUCGCUGCCGACGGUUGAAUGCAGAGAUAGCCGAGGGUCGACCUCCUUUAUCAGCACAAAAGAAGGAAAAAUAAGCCCUAAAGACGCUUUAAAAUGGAAACUACUGCACCCAAGAAGAAGACAUGCACCGAAUCCAUCCGGGAUUUCUUCACCUCGGCUAAGUUUCUUAUUUACAUGGGCCAUGCCCUGUCAACAUGGGGGGACCGGAUGUGGAACUUUGCGGUGGCGGUGUUCCUGGUGGAGCUCUACGGGAACAGCCUGCUCCUCACGGCCGUGUACGGCCUGGUGGUGGCCGGCUCCGUGCUCCUGCUGGGGGCCAACAUCGGCAACUGGGUGGACAGGAACCCCAGACUGAAAGUGGCCCAGACCUCGCUGCUGGUCCAGAACAGCUGUGUCAUCGUGUGCGGCGUCCUCCUCAUGCUGGUCUUCCACUUCAAGGGACAACUGGUGGAGCUCUACGACGGAUGGAUUCUGACCACCUGCUACAUUCUGGUCAUCUCCAUCGCCAACAUCGCCAACCUGGCCAGCACGGCCACCUCCAUCACCAUCCAGCGGGACUGGGUGGUGGUGGUGGCGGGUCCGGACAGCAGCACGCUGGCAGACAUGAACGCCACGGUGCGGAUCAUCGACCAGCUCACCAACAUCCUGGCUCCCAUGCUGGUGGGCCAGAUCAUGGCCUUCGGCUCCCACUUCAUCGGCUGCGGCUUCAUCUCCGGCUGGAACCUGUGCUCCAUGUGCGUGGAGUACGCCCUGCUGUGGACGGUGUACCAGAAGACGCCGGCUCUGGCUGUGAAGGCCGGACAGAAGGAGCAGCAGGAGCUCAAACAGCUCAGCCCCCAGAGAGAUUGUGAGAACGGCCAGAGCCCUGAAGAGUCGUCUCAGCCGCUGAUGAACGAGGCCUCGCCGCCCAACGCCUCUCCCAAAGCGCCGGGCUGCUGCGAGCAGGUGAGCAGGCCGCUGCAGACCUUCAAGGCCGGCUGGGUGGCCUACUACAACCAGAACAUCUUCCUGGCCGGCAUGUCCCUGGCAUUCCUCUACAUGACCGUCCUGGGCUUCGACUGCAUCACCACGGGCUACGCCUACACCCAGGGCCUCAACGGCUCCGUCCUCAGCCUGCUCAUGGGGGCCUCCGCCAUCGCCGGCAUCUGCGGCACCGUCGCCUUCACCUGGGUCCGCAAGAAGUGCGGCCUGAUUCGGACGGGCUUCAUCUCGGGCACGGCCCAGCUCUGCUGCCUGGUGCUCUGCGUCGUCUCCGUCUUCGCUCCCGGAAGCCCCUUCGACCUGAGCGUCUCGCCCUUCCAGGACCUCUACACCCACCUGAUGGGGGAGCAGGUCCUGCCGGAGGCCGAGCACAGCCUCCUCGACGCGCUGGCCGGGAACGCCACCACGGCGCCGCCGGCCCUGGAGAUGCCGCCCCUUCAGUCCUACAUGUCUGUCAGCCUGCUGUUUGCCGGCGUCAUCGCUGCAAGAGUUGGCCUGUGGUCCUUCGACCUGACCGUGACCCAGCUCAUCCAGGAAAAUGUGAUCGAGUCGGAGCGAGGCAUAAUCAACGGCGUCCAGAACUCCAUGAACUACCUCCUAGACCUGCUGCACUUCAUCAUGGUGAUCCUGGCCCCCAACCCGGAGGCCUUCGGCCUGCUCGUCAUCAUCUCCGUGUCCUUCGUGGCCAUGGGUCACGUGAUGUACUUCCGGUUCGCCUUCAAGAGCCUGGGCAGCCGCCUCUUCCUGUGCUGCUCGCCGGAGCAAAAGGUGGAGACGGACGACAGUCCCUCACUUCCCACCACCGUGUAGAAACCCCAACACAGAGACUCUGUCCGGGUCUCAGCCUGACCCUGCCAUGCAAUUAUAUAUCCAACUAAUGCAAACGCUUGUAGCUGUUAGGAUCCUGAUGCUCUCCACGGUCAUUAACGCAGCAGCAGGGGUAGUAGACGGAUCGUAGUCUCAGAAAACUAACCGGUAGCGUAACUUUAGAUAAGACGGGGCCCUCCAACAGCCUCUGUCUGCGCUUAUUAACACAGUCAGUAGUCUCGUCCAGGAUCCGUCUCCUCCUGGCUUUAAUGGACUCCAUUAAAGAACCGGGGCCUUCCGGUACCUGUGAGGUCUUCUCCCGUUCGCCCGGAUCGAGUCGGGAGAAGACGGUUAGGGAAGCAGGCGACUGGCCCGGUGGUGCUGCGUCUCCUCGCCUGUCGGGGAGGACGCCUCGCAUUUAACCAAACAUCACUGGUCUCGUUAAUGGCGAAAAGGGUCUAACUAUUUAUUCACAUCGUGCAGACGCCGGUUUUUGUACAAACUUUAUCAGCAGUAUUGUGUUUUCUUGCUCGUGCCAAACCAACAAGAACUCUUGCACCGCAAUAUCAGCUCCUAGUUACCAAAGUCUGUGUGCAUCGGGGUGUGAGAGGAAGUGAGGGAAACCCGUUCUCUGUCUGAAGCAGCAGUACAACCCGAGUUCGUGUGAAGAUUCCUUAUUGAGAUUAUAGAGGAAGACAAUCCUCUUCCCAGGUAGUUUAAUGUUUAACUUGUUUAGAAUGAUUUCUGUUGUGAUUGUCGUUACUCAGGCACUUUACGUGAUUGACAUCUGUCAUUCCACCUAGCUAAUCACCGGCCACUCGAUCAGUUUUAGCUUCUCUUCUCUUUGCACAAGGUCGAAGCCCCGCCCUCUAACCGCCCACAGUCACGGGAGGUGGUGGAAAACACAGACAAGGCACAUAUUCUAACACUUAUACAGCACAUGUUGACCUGGAGGAACCGCACCGCUGUGGUUCACCGUGGAAGGUCUCAGUUAUCCGGCCAGAGAGUUUCGUUCCUGUUGCUGGGAGGUUUAAGCUUUAAGUCAAACUUUGUUCGGUGCUGGAAAAUCCUUAAACAGAAUCACUUUUCUUGAUGUUUCGCACACAAGGUGCAGGACUUUGUUGGAAAGGGUCUUCAGCAAGAGAACUCUGGACUUUCUGGAGAUGGUUCUGAUCUUUGGACUUUGGCUGCUUGAUCACUUGUUCUCAGUCUAGUUUCUGUUCUCUAUUACAAUGAGGUCAGUGUCAGCAUGUAUGUGUCCAACUUAUAGUCCUGUGGCAGAGCUAAUUUCCCUCCUCAGUCGGCUUCUUGGGAGAAGAAAUAGUAAAGAAGCAGCCUAAGUCCAAGGAACAACUUUGACAGAGCCUCAGAAAGAACCUUUAGGAGUUCUGAAAACCCAGAGAAGCUGCAGGAAGUCUGGAGAUCUAUUGCUUGAGACCAGUUCAGAAGAGUCUGGCUCUUUGGGGGGAAAAUCUGAAGAAUUUGGGAGUUUUUUAGGUAAAACUCAGACUUGGGCAGAAUAAUCCAGAUCAUCUGUGGUUUUGGGACAAAACGAGUCGAUAUAAGCUACUGACCAGAUCAAGUCAAUUGAAUAUUUGAAUCCCAAAGGUGACUCUUAUCUCUGAAUAGUUUUAUCCACUUUACUUAAUGUUAUAACACUUUAUAGCUCUGCUGUGAGUACUAAAUGUAGCUUUAUCUGCUGCCUUUCACCGUCUGAGCGCCUCACCAGACCCUGCCUCAACAGCUGAUCAACGCACAUGUCCUCAGAACGGCGCCGGACUGAAGGAGUCUCCGGUCCAAGUCACUUUCUAAUGUAACCUCUCAGCGAGUCCCAUCCAAGAAAAUCACAGACGGCCAUUAACUCGUUAGUAGCAUUACAACAUAGACGUGCUUUAAUGUAGACAAAUAUAAAGGGUGUGAACUGUUUGUUGUGUUUGUUUUUUUUAAGUGUUUUUAUAUCUUGUUGUGACGUUUCUGUGGUAAUCUGUGCUUUUAUUGCAUUUCUUUUGAAUACCCCCCACUCUAAUCUGAUGACCUCUUUCUUUACAUAAAUAUGUGUGUAAAUAAACUUACAGUAUUGUAGUUUUCUAGUUAAGAGCGUGAAAUCAUAAAGAAAUCAGGUUUGUUUCUAUGUAAAAAUCACACUCCAGUGGAUGAUGAGGAUGUGGUUCUGCAUGAGGUUUUGAAAUAAAGAACAGCAUUAAAAAUGGA